AUGACUGGAGUUUCCCUCAAUACCUAUAGAACGCCGUAUUAUCACAUGAUAUAUAACAACUCAAAGGAGUUUACUACAAAUAGUAAAACAAACGAAUUAAUGAAUAGUUCUUUCAGUGGUAUUAGUAAUGACGUAAGAAAGAUGGUUAUGAACAACUCCUUAAAUGUUUCUGAUAACGCUUGGUCGACGGAUAGAAUUACUCUAUCAUCGGAGGAGUAUCUCUAUUACAUCAACUUGUUCAAUUUGAACGAUAAAUUUGACAAUCAUUUUAUUGACAACAAGACUGCAUCGUCCUUUCUUCAAAAUUCUGGCCUAUCUAUAGCCGUUUUGCAUUCAAUUUGGGAAUACAGCGAUAUUGAAAAUAAGGGGUAUCUAACUUUAGAAGAUUUUUUCAUUUGUUGUCGACUAGUUGCACAUGCACAGAACGGAAAUAGCCUCAGCUCCGAAAUAAUAAAUAUACGUCCCCCCUGCCUGCCAAGCUUCGACAUUAUACGACACAAAUCCUUUUCCGAUAUAUCAAACUUAGAUGGAAAUGUAGAAUGGAAAAUAAGUGGAAGGGAAAAGGAAAAUUAUAAAAGAAUAUUUAAAACGUUAGAUAUAAAUAAUGAAGAAAAAAUAGAAGGGACAGUUAUACGUGAAUAUUAUUUAAACACAUCCAACUUGUCCAUUUGUGAAUUGAUGCAAAUAUGGAGUAUAUCGGAUCUGGACAAUGAUGGAUUUUUAAAUUUCGAGCAAUUCUGUAUUAUGAAUAAGAUGGUAGAAAUGAGGAAGGAGAAAGAAAUCAAUAUUCCUUUGACCAUUCCCCCUGAACUGUUGAAGUCAAUAAAAACAGAGAAGGAGGUGAUGCUCGACGACAACAUUACCUUCAACAAAAUGGAAAACAACAAAGAUAAACGGGACUCAUUCAAAAUGUCCUUUGGAGAUUUACUUAUAGCACAAAAUGAAAACAGAGGAGGAGAAGGAGGAGAAAAGGAAAAAAAAAAAAAAAAAAAAAAAAAAAAAAAAAAAGAUGAUGAUGAGGAGGAGGAGGAGGUCUUCUCGGAAAGUAGUAACAAUGGCAAUGAUAAUAUUAGCGGUGAUAACAGAAGGGAGUUCUUCACAAAGGGGGCGAAUGGUUAUGGACGAAUCGACCAGGGGCAUGUAAAUGAUAUAGACUACUCGGCUGAUAUAAUAAACAAUGCGAAUGAUGUAGAUGAUAAUGCGGACGCAAACAACCAAAAGAAAAUCAAAAGGAAGAGCGAAAAGCAUGGAAAACGAUUUAUACAAACGUUGGAGGAGGAACCAAGUGAAGGAGAAGAGGAUACAGAAAGAAAAAAAUAUGCACAGAAGAAAAAAAGCAAGGAAGAAAGAGAUGUAAGCAAUAAGAGGGACGAAAAGGAAAAAAGAAAAAGCAGAAGAAAUCAAGUAGGUGAAAGGCAGAAAGAAGCGAAUGGGGAUGAGAGAGAACAAGGAAGAAAAGGAGAAGGAAGAAGGUCGACUCCUAGUGACAGGGGAAAAUACAAAAACAAAAAAAAAAGGAAGGAAGGCAUAGAUGGUAAAUACAACGAAGAGGAGGAGGAGGAGGAGGAGGAGAAGGAGGAAGAGCAGCAGCAGCAUCAACAGCUGCAGCAUCAACAGCAGCAGCAUCAACAGCAGCAGCAUCAAAAGCAGCAGCAUCAACAGCAUCAGCAACAAGUGCACAAUAAUAAAACGCGAAGUGGCAAUAUGAAUGAGUCAAAAGACAAUCAAAAAGAAAACGAGAAGAGGAUGAAAAAAAAGAUGAUCCAGUCAGAAAAAUAUUUCACAAAACUUAUUGAUUUUAAUUAUUCAGACUUAAAAAAUUAUAAUAUUGAAAGUAAGGAUGUGUAUAAAAUAGAAGAGAUUAAUAGAAAAUUGGAGGAAGAUAUAAAGAAAAAGAAAGAAAAUAUUGAAAAGAAGAAAAAACAAAUGAAAUGUUUGGCUUAUGUUUAUGAAAAUGAGUUAAAGAGAUAUCAAUGUUUAAAAGAAGAGAGACGAAAUUUAGAAUUUUUAAAUAUAUGUUUAUAUAAAGAUAUAAAACAUAAAAAAGAAAAUAUACGAAAUAUAAAAAAAGAAAUAAAAGAAUUAAUCGAUGAUAUUAAUAAAAUAAAUAUUGAAAAUAUUAAUAUAAAUAAAGAGUACAUAAAUAAAGAAAAAGAAAUAAAAACAACUGAUUAUAAAAGAAAAAGUUUAAAUAUAUUAAUAGAUAAGGAAAAAAAUGAUUUAAAAAAAGAUGAACGCAAUUUAAUAAUUUUGAAAAAUAUGAUUGACUAUUUAAGAAAACAAAAAUGUCGAGCUAUUAAAUUACAAGAAAAUUUAAAAAAUAGAUAUGAUGUUACAAACUCUGAUCAUCAAAUGUUAAUUAAAAAUAUAUUACAUCAACAAAAUUAUUUAAACAAAAUUACAAAUAAACGCCUUAAUAUUCAAAAAAUUAAAAAUCAAAAUAUUGUCCUAUUCAACUCCUUGUCAAAUCAGUCUGUUCUCCUAGAUCUGCAGAAUGCCCACCCGCACUUGAAAAUGGGUGCGCAAAAUGAUCGCGCCAAUUACAGCGCUAAUUACGGUGAAAGUAACAGCGGCAGUCACAGCGGGAAUGACGAUGCAACUAUGCAGAACAACGCCAUGCUUUGCAAUUUCCCAAGCGUGCACAGGAGAUACUUUACGGAUAAGAAGGGAAUACCAAACGACCAGCCCAGAUACUGCACCGUUGAUAGUGCAGCCCAUGUUUUUGUGUCCCUGUUACAAUACCCCUUCAGUUUUGUAGUAUUACUUUUUAACAACGAAAUGAAAAACACGAAAAAAAACCUCGAAAUAUUUGAGCAUAUCAAGAAUGGGGAUAGUGUUGACAUCUUUUCAAGUUUGGAUGAAAUGGAGUCGAUGAGAGACGACGACGAGGAAGAACAGAACGAAAACGACAGCGAGGACUUGGCGGACCUGACGUCGAAGGAGAACAUCCUUCAGAGUGUCGACAACAGCAAUUAG